UCUCUACCACACUCGCACUCACUAGUCUUGUUGCGUGUAACUGUUUAAUCCUCGUAUUACUUCAACCUUUCAACAUGAGGAUCGCUGUUUUGGUGUUGGCUAUGAUGGUUGGCUUCCAGGCUGCCGCCGCCGCCACUGUUGAAGAUGCAAAGGUGGAGAAGGUGGAAAAGGUGGAGAAUGUGGAAAAAAGUGCUGGCGAAGGGCAGGAAGAAGAGAUAGGCGAGGAAGGGUUGGAAUUUUCACCAGAUUUGGAGGAGGAAGAGGAGGAGGACGAGGAGGAGGAGGUGGAGGACGAGGAGCCCCACAGUGUAUGGAAGAGACAAGCAGACGAGGAGGAAGACGAGGACGAAGAUGAAGAGGAAGAAGAAGAAGAGGAAGAGGGAGCAGUGGAGGAGGUAGCAAAGAAUGUGGAGACAACAGCAUAAUUCAUGGGCUGUUAUGGGGAAAAUUAUAAUCAGUGAUGUGAGUGACGAGGCCGAUUAGAUUUCUAAACGACAUAACAACUUGAUCAAUCAAUCGGGUGAUGGUGGUAGUUAUGGUGAUGAUGGGAAUAAUUGUGAUGACAGAAGUGAUGAUGAUGAAGAUGAUGAAGAUGAAGAUGAUGAUGAUGAUGAUGGUAGUUUUUCUGCAACUUAUUGAUGCUCAGGGAAAUGCUUCUUCAUCAGCAUCAACUGUGACGUUUCUAAGAUGCUGAUUACAUUACAACAUCAUCUUGUGUUGCUGUUGAUUGGCUUACGUUCCAUUUAUCACGUAUCUGUCACAGGUUGUUUAAUUUAUGAAGGUCGUUUAAGGUCAUCAUUAUGAUGAGUUCCAUCAAAAUUUACUUCCAGUUGAUAGCAUCUGUGAUUCUAUACAAGCAUAAAAAUUUUCAUUCUUAAAUCAUACUUCAUUUUUAUGGAAAGGAUGCAUUAAAAAAUCGUUAAUCAGUAUUCAGGUAAACAUUUUCUUUCUUGAUCAUUCUUACCUUUUGAAGAUACUCUUCACCUGUACAAUUCUCAACCUUAUUGGCAGGGAAUGACUGCGAUUUGAUUUAUUUAUUAUAAUGGAUUCUUUCUAGAGAAGUUACGGUUCUUCAAUAUCAUAAUAUUCACUGAUCGUUAUCAAAAAUUAUAUAUACAUAUAUAUUUUGGGGCAUAUUUAACUCGAUGAUGUAUUAUUAUAUAAUCUGUAUAGGUUUAUGUAUAAAUAUAUAAAAAUGCAAAGACAUA